AUGCGAACUAAACCAGUAGUCACGUUGCUUGUAUUGUAUUGUCUUAUGCGCGAUCAGCAUACCAGUUCCGUAAGAAAUCAGCGCUUACUGAUAUCCCAUAUAAAAGUCCUUUGUACAACAUAUCGGGCUGUCCUGGGAUUUAUUGCUUUUCGAGCAGCAGCAGGCCACUAUGCGUUAUUUGCAGUGGACCAUUCUGUCCUUAUGCGUACUCUUAACGCAGUCCUUAUACGGGUUAUUCUUCUUUAAUUUGGAUAAUUAGAAGAUUUUCAAUCAGCUCAAUCAGUUUGAUUUAAACUACUCCUCUUAAUUUACCGGGACUACGAGUUUUACCAAGAGGGAAGCGCUGCUAUUCCGAUACCUCCACCAUAUCAUAGCCGACCACAAGAUUCCGAAUCCUGAAACGACUUCGGUGAUUUUAGCUUAGCGCUUUACAAAAACCUUGGACUAUAAACGACGAUGGAGAGUGCCAGGCGUGCUUCGUUCGUAGCUAUUUUAUUGCUCAAGAAUGCUUUAUGAAUCUGGGCUAUCUGUACGAGAAGCUUGUCACUGGAUCAUUUCACUCUCUCUUUCUUUCUCUUUCCAUCCCUCUCUAUUGAUAAUCGGUAUCUUCUUUUCACCUUUUACCACUCUGUGAUGUUAUAGCAACGAUUACAAAGAAGUGGAUGGUAUAGUAAGGUUGUACAAGGAAUUACGGGUGCUAGCUUACGUUCAAUAUGAAUUCGGAACUUUCGAGAUAACCUAGACUGCAUGCUCAGUAAUGGUAGGAUGUCGGAAGAGGGGACCAACAUGGAUCAAAAGUAGGAUCGCCGGUGCUCACAGUAAGAGAAUCGUAAAAACCAUCGGCGACCUGAAAACCCUUCAGAGCACUGGAAAUACGGGUGAGAGCUAGGGGUUGAUUUCACUGCGCAUUCGCUGAUAUUUUCUAAUGUGCCGUGCUUGUUUACCUUCAAAAAUCCAAUUUAAUUACAUCCUACCGUAAUUAUGUGCAAGUUCGCGACAGGGGUUCUAUCAAUCCUUUCUGAACUGUGGCGACCUCAAGGUAUUGUGCCCUUCAGAAAUCACGGCCUUCGAUGAAGAGUUUCUCCAAAGGCACAUAAAUUCAUUUGCAGAGCUAGCCCAGUAUUUCUCGACCGAUCCGCCAAAGAUACCUUCAGUGAUAAGCUCAGGUCCUUACCUUAUCCGUAAAGCAGAACAUUCAAGCUCUUCCAUGGAUAAUGCUUCUUCUGAAAGCGGAAUGUCCCAUCCAUUCCGAUAGCUGACUUUGUUGGAAUAAAGGAUAUGGGAUAUAUGGUUAUUGUUAGUUGUUAGGCGAGUACCCUUUGGUUUCCCUAACAACUAACAAUAUCCGUAUAUCUGGAACCAGGAAAGGGACCAAGUCUUCCCCAAAUCGAAGUUUUUUCUUUCUCACUUCUUCUAUUAAUCAAAAAGAUAUUACUCGAAACUAAUCCCAACCUCACGGCAGGCCCAUUUUUAUGUAUUCUAUGA